AUGUCUCUCCUUUCGGUGACGCCUGCAGUAGGUGUGAAAGUUACCGAAGAUGACAUAUCAGCUAUUGCGUUGAAGCUUGGCUAUGAGUUCAAGGGAAACGAAAAGGCCGAAUAUACUACCCUGCUCGCUGCAACAUGCAAUGCUAUGCAAUUCGUUCAGGAAAUGGAUGAUUAUCAACCACAACCGGACUUUGGUUUAACGCCGAGAGAGAAUAUCUACUUUCCCAAGAAGAAAGACAACCCUGAUAAUGCCUGGGCACAUCGCUUCACAGCUGCUCAUAAAUCGCCAUCAUCGACCCUUUUGAAAGGCAAAACUAUAUGUAUCAAAGACAACAUUUGUGUAGCAGGUGUGCCGUGCUUGAUAGGCAGAGACUUAUCUUCGAAAUGGAUCCCCAAGCUGGAUGCUACGAUUGUAUCAAGAAUCCUGGAGGCUGGCGGAGUGAUCACGGGCAAAGCAGUCUGCGAAAACUAUAGCACAAGCGCCGCCUCGUUCACUGCGGCCACUGGUCCCGUUGACAACCCUUUCGCCAAAGGUUACAGUGCUGGAGGUAGUAGUUCGGGGACUGCGAAUUUGGUAGGGAAGGGAGAGGUGGAUCUUGGUAUCGGAGCUGAUCAGGGAGGAUCAAUCCGCAUCCCGGCAGCUUUAUGCGGUCUUGUUGGACUCAAAGCAACUGCUGGACUCAUCCCAUACACGGGCUGUGUGAGUAAUGAAGCUACUAUCGACUACGUCGGUCCUAUGACUAGAACUGUCCUAGACAACGCAAUACUGCUCGAGGCAAUUGCUGGAGUCGAUGGUCUUGACGAUAGACAACGAGCCGGGACCCCUUUCCGAGACCAGGUGCCGAGAUAUUCGCAGAUUCUACUCGAUACCAAAGAUUCGGGUGUCAAGGGGAUGAAAAUUGGAAUUUUAAAGGAAGGAACACCGUCACCACUCACCGAUCCAGCGGUGGAGAAGAAAUUCAAAGCUGCUGCUGCCGUGUUGAAGGAAUUGGGAGCGAUCGUCGAAGAGGUCAGCAUACCUAUGCACGAGAUUGCUCCUGCUAUAUUCGGUGUAGCAAGCAAGCAAGGUGGUGCAAUGGGCAGGGCUGGACGUGCUUCCGGAAGGCGUCAAGUCAUGCUCACAGACUUGUAUGAGGAGAUGUUACCCAUUACAGCAGAAGCAGUAGAGAAGAUGAGUCCCAUUAAUAAGAAUGCACUCUUCGCCGGCGAAUUCUGCUGGGAAAGGUUCCCCAACGUAUAUGCCAAAGCGGUCAACCUUUGUCGCAAAUUGACUGAUACUUACGACGAGGUUUUCAAGAACUACGACGUCCUCAUCAUGCCCACCACCAUCACACCCUCGAACCCUCUUCCACUGGAGACGGACUCAGCCAUCACCAAGAUGAGCAAGACGAUUGGCAAGCUUGAGAAUACGUGUCCGUUUAAUGCUACUGGGCAUCCUGCGCUGGCGAUCCCAAUUGGGUUUGUCCCAGCACAGGCGGAUGAGAAGGUGAAGGUACCAGCGAGUAUGCAGAUUGUUGGAAGACAUUUCGACGAAGUUGCUUGUUUGAAAGUGGGAUAUGCUUGGGAGAAUGCAAGAUCUUGGAAGGAAUUCUGA